GCGUCGCGAAAAGAAGGGUGCUUUCCUCUCCCCCCCCCCCGACGUUCGCUUUGAAUGUUCCGUCACCUGUUGCUUGCGCCGGUGGACAAUCAGCACCUCGGAUCCCUAUCCAUAUCCAAUAUAUUAUCCCUCAGCUGACUAGUGAGUCAUCACGCCCUUGGGUUUUCGUUGGACUUUUCUCGCUCGCUUCUUUAGUCGCUGCUUAGGCCGUUCGCUGCAGGAAUUGAUUUUCUCGGUUGUGUCCUCUUCUGGGGUUCUUUCGGUUUACCCAUUUCCGUCCCCGUCGAACCCGGGUCGUUCGUUCCCUGGGAUCUUUACUCUAGCCCGGAGGGAGCGAAAGUCCUGUCCUGCUGCGGCCUUCCACGCUAAAGCCUCUGUUUUGGAUUUCUGGGUCGUCACGGAAUUCUUCUGUAGCUUGGCUUGGUCAGAACAGGAGGUUUGGGUUCCUUUUUCCAUCAAUGGAAGGAUUCGUGGGGCCGCGGGUGUACAGCUGCUACAAUUGUCGAAACCAUGUGUGUCUUCACGACGAUAUUAUCUCCAAGGAUUUCCAGGGAGUAAAUGGCCGGGCUUUUCUGUUCUCUCAUGCCGUGAACAUUGUCGUGGGGGCCCUAGAAGAUCGGCGCCUCCGCACUGGUCUUCAUACAGUUGGUGACAUAUCCUGUGCCGAUUGCCACGAGGUGUUGGGUUGGAAGUACGAGAGGGCCUUCGAAGCUUCACAGAAGUAUAAGGAAGGAAAAUUCAUAUUCGAGAAGGUGAAGAUUGUCAAGGAAAAUUGGUAGCAGGAGCACCAGCUGAUGUUUAUGCCUGACAAAACAUUAAUCUGCAUAAAUCCCCACGCUCAUGUGAAUGUGUAGAUAACCCGAUCUUCGUGUACAGAGAUUUCUCAGCUGAUAAAAAAUUGGUCCUAGGAACCGUGGAAUCUUGCCCUGUGUGGUGUCUGGAAGUUGCAUAUCGCUUUCACUUUUUGUAUAAAUGAGUGUGUCUGAUUUUACUUGUAUUUUUGCUUCCCUUUUAGUUAGUAGCUGUGAAUUUAGAGGUUCUUGACAUUGACUCUUGAAUUUCGAGGUUCCCAACUAGGGAAAGAAAGCCAUGGUAUUAUACAAACAUAAGAUCCCCGGACGUUUUGUUUGAACAUUCACGACUCACCAGAAGAUUUCAAGUCAAAGUGGCUGCUUUCUUUUC